AGAGACUUUAAGACUUAAAUGAGAUUUGCCAACUCUACUGGAGUAAACAUGGCUACAACUAUUAAAGAGGAGGAUCAUCCGAGAACAAGAGAGAAUGAAGGAAUCGGCUCAAAUGUCAGUGUUACUACGGAGUACUGUGCAAAGUUACAGGAGUGGAUGUGGCAGUAUUAUUGUGGAUAUGCGAGCUGGCAAAACUGGUUGUUCAUGUCGACGUUUCCUUUCCCUCCGACCCACCCGCUGCAGUUAGGAAACCAGGCAUCAACUAGCACACCUUUCUCGACACCCACCCCGACACCUUCAGAUAUCGCUAACUGGUAUAAUCAGUUCGCCGUUCCCGUUCCCACUUAUACCAACACAGGUCCUCAGCCAGGGCACGAAUCCCCUGGGACGGCAGUGUCAAAUGAUGCGGUACAAGCGCAAACGAAUGGAAAUGCAGCGCCAGCAGGCAGAGAAUAUACCAUCCCUUCCCCAUUACAUAGAUUUCUUGCAGAGACAGUGGAUUUCUUCAUCCUGUUUUGUAUUAAGGCAACCAUAGUCCUGUGGGUUAUGCACUUAAGUGGUAUGAAGGACAUAUCUAAAUUUGUGAUGCACUUUAUAGUAGAGGAAAUAGAUGAGAAUACAUCCAUGGAGGACCUGCAGAAGAUGAUGGCUGUGGCUUUGGUGUACAGGGUACUGGUGUGUUUCUAUGAGAUCAUCUGUAUUUGGGGUGCUGGAGGCGCCACUCCGGGAAAGUUUCUGCUUGGCCUACGAGUUGUCACCUGUGACAAUGCCGUCUUGGUACGACCAAGCCGCGUUUUAGUGGUGCCAGCCACCAAUGUCUCCCUAUCAGCCUCCACAGUACGGGCCUUAAACAAGAACUUCUCCAUUGCUUUCCUCUUCCCUGUCUUCAUCACGUUGUUGUUCUUCCAACAUAACCGAACAGUGUAUGACAUUGUGGCUGGAACCAUCGUGGUUAAACGUAGGGGUGCCAGAUGACGGGUUCUCAGGUUCAUGCAACCACUUUGUCUAAGAGUCCACAGCUGGGAGACACCAUUGUUCUGCUGCCUGACAAAGCCUUGACCAAUAGACAGUUCAUUUAUCUUAUUUGAAUUUUGAUGACUAAAUGACACUUUUUGUUUUUGCAUUAUUUCUUGGUCAAG